AUGGUCAAUGCCGCACGCCCGGCGGUAAUGCUUAUUUCCUAUCAUCUCUCAGACAUACGCGCACAGAGCGAGUUAUGGUGGGAGGAAUCUCUCUCCGACCAAGAGAUCUUUGAGCUAUGCAAGAAGUCUCCAGAACUGCGCAUUCUCGGCUCUUCCCAACCCCGUCUGCAACCUCCACCUAUUUUCAUCAUAUCACCUCGUGUAAUUGUCAAAACGGGCUGGUAUAAGCUUGGGGAAUUCGAAUCUCGCGCGAUGGAGAUCGCUCGCGCUCAGACAUCGAUCCCCGUUCCCAAACCAUUGCGCAUAUUCAAACGUGGUGACACGUUCUUCCUGGCUAUGGAAUACAUCAAAGGGCGCUCGCUCGACUGGUGCUGGGAAGACCUCAGCCUCUGGCGGAAGUUCGUCAUCGCAUGGACGCUCCGUGGCUACAUCCGCCAGCUCAGACGCGUACGGACAGAGCAGAUUGAACGCCAAAUCCCCGGGCCGCUCACGGAUGAUCUCUCAAAGCCGCUGAAGUGCUUUGGCCCCGCAAUGGGUGCUGAGUAUCAUUGCGGCCCCUUCUCAUCUGCCGCAGCGUUGUUCGAAUGGCUCAAUGGACGCUUGCGGGUCUCACAAUACAUCAGGGAGCGAAGCCUCGAUACCCCGCCGUUUGUGCAGAGAGAGCCGCUGGUCCUUGUUCAUGGGGAUCUUACUCCGCGGAAUGUCGUGCUGGGUGACGACGGGAAGCUAUGGUUGAUUGACUGGGGUAGCUCGGGGGUUUAUCCUCCAUGGUUCGAGGCUGGUGGUAUGCUCUUCACCGAUCCUCAACCGAGUUGGUGGAAAUGGGUGCGAAGGUUAGUUGCGGGCUGGUAUGCCCGCGACAUGUAUAGUUAUGUAGCCGCGCUGUAUGGUAUGACCACCGGCUUCUUUGUCCCGGACCCGCUUGUACACAGAUACUGA